GACUCCGUGUGGUGUUCACGGUCUGUCUGGACGUCGCGUUAGCGCAGCGGCACACCCGGAAGUCUGGUGGGAGAAACCAAACAUUUGUCGUGACACUUGUGUGGAUGGUCGACUGAGCGUAUUGGAAGCUGAUGUAUCUCACGAAGGUCUCGAUGAGGAAACAGCGCAAGAAAUAACCGAGGUCCCGAGUGGCAGCAGCAGCAUCAGCAGCAGCUGCAGCAGCUCCUCCUCCUCUUCUCUACCGUCCGUUGCCGCCUCGCACAAGGUUUAUGAAACGGUGAAUAAUGAGAUUAACAGGCCCCGUGAGAGUUGUGGUGGUGCUGCUGUUGGUGGGGCUCACAUGGCUGCUGGCAAACACCUUCUUUGGAGGGGAGAGUGGUUCAGUGGUGCGGCAUUUCUUCACUGGUGCAAGUGAGGAACCAACCCCUGCUGAACCCCGUCCUCGGAGGUAUAAAUGUGGACUUUCCGCCCCCUGUCCCACAAAACAUUUGGCUUUCCGCCUGGUGUCGGGUGCUGCCAACGUCAUCGGCCCCAAGAUCUGCCUGGAGGACAAGAUGUUAUUGAGCAGUGUGAAGAACAACGUUGGCAGAGGACUGAAUAUAGCUUUGGUGAAUGGGGUAACAGGAGAGCUCCUGGAAACAAAGACAUUUGAUAUGUGGGCAGGAGAUGUGUCUGACCUGCUGAAGUUUCUCCGGCCGCUGCAUGAGGGAACACUCGUGUUCGUGGCUUCCUUCGAUGAUGCAGCCACAAAGAUGAACGACGAGUCCCGACGACUUUUCGAGGAGCUUGGGAGCACGGCUGUGAAGGAGCUGGCCUUCAGAGACAGCUGGGUGUUUGUUGGAGCCAAGGGCAUCGAGAAUAAGAGUCCUUUUGAGCAGCGUAUGAAGAAUGGUAAGAGUGGGAACAAGUAUGAAGGCUGGCCCGAGUCCUUGGAGAUGGAUGGCUGUAUUCCCCUUCGGCCACCGCUGGAAGGAUAACUGCGUUCAGUCCUUUCUCACGAACCGUUUUCUAACACCUGCAGUAGCAGCAGUGGAUCCAGACGACUGUUAAAAAAGCUAAGGACUUGCUCAAUGACUGAAACCGGCCCAAGAAUUUGGACCACGUUACCUUUCUAUUAUCAAGUCUUGGGACUUGAUAUAUUUAAAAUAGCUGGAACCUGUUGUGAAAGAUGUGCUUUUAAACUCCGUGAGCCACUUGUAAGUUGUCAAACGAAGACGAUGUUUAUGCCAAGUAAAGGGAAACUUGAGAGGCAAAAUGUCUCACGACCAAAGUGUAUCAGCGACCAGUGAAUGAAUACAGCUGGAGUAGGUCUUCCAAAGCCAUUGUAGGGAACGGAUAUAUUUCUGCCUGCAGGGUGUCAACAUUGUGUGCUUGGGUACACAGAAAUAUGAGGUGUUGAAUACAUUAUAUGUUCAGCAGGCAAAAGACACGCCUAACCAGUUUCACACGAAGGCACUGGGAAACCUGAUCCAGUCCUGCUCAAGGUAAACAUUUUUGAGGUACUCUAGUUGUUUAAAAAUUUCCACUAGGGUCCAGGCCUGUGUGCAGAUUUUAUAUUGAAAUUCGUUAAUAUAUUUUCAUUCCCUGGUAUAUAAGAAUUCUGUGAUAUUGUAAUGCAUAGUGUUAACUGUCAUUGCUACCUUCAUAAUUGGUGCACAACACUUAUUGCUUUCCAUGUGUUUAAAGUUUCUUCAAAUUUGGCCUGUCAUUUCUCCUUUUGAUAAACCUAUUUAUUUUUAAUUUAAUUAAAAACACAGCAGACUAAUUGUGUGAGUUUCAUCGUUACACUGCUCCAUGGUUUGUAUUAAUGUUGUCUCAGGCCUGAAAGCAUUUUUUUUUUUUACCACUGAGAUUCAAUUUAAAUGUUGGUUGUGUAUGCUGUUCUUUUUUUAAAAUGUGGAAUGUACAACACCUGGCGCCUCGCAAGCCAAACACAUAGGAAAUAUUCAAUACAUAAUAAUAGAAAAGAUUGAUUAUGUAUGGUUAGACCUCAGUUUGGCUGCCUUUUGUUUGAAUAGUUAUGUUACCUCUAAGUGUCAAGAUUUUUCUACAAAGCAUCCCAGUCUGUGUUUAUAUUGUCACAAUGCUGAUGAAUAAAAGAAAAUGUCCGGAUAA